AUGAAGAAGAUGGUGAAGCUGAUGGUGCUGCUGCUUCAGGCUGCGUGGGUGUUGACAGUGGCAGCAGACCCGCUGAGGGUGGAAGGCCAACCGGAUGAUGGCGGCGGUGCGGACACCCUUAGCCACUCUCUGGUGCUGGUUCAGCGCUUGGAGGCUAUUUUCCUCCAAGGCAACGGCAGUGACGUGACGCUGCGGGUGGAGACGCCCGAUGCUGACGAGGUCAAACUGUUGGCGGUCCACUCCCUGGUUCUGUCGCUGCAGAGUCCUGUUCUGGAGGAUAUGCUACGGGUGCGAAACGGCAGCACGCUCACACUGCGCGAGAGUCCGGAAUGCGCCGCAGUCUUUGAAAAGUUCAUCAGGUACCUGUACUGCGGCGAUCUCUCCCUGAGACUGGAGCAGGCCAUCCCGCUUCACCGCCUAGCCAGCAAGUACCAGGUGUCGGCGCUGCGGCGGGGCCUGACGGACUACAUGAAGUUCAACCUGGCCCGGGAAUCACCUUCGGGCCACGUGGCGGGCUGGUACGAGUAUGCGUCGGAAGCUGGCGACACAUCCCUGCGGGACGGCUGCCUCCAGUACUUGGCCUGGAACCUAUCCUCCGUCCUGCGGAGCAGUGAGUGGACCACCGUCAGCUCUGGGCUGCUCAUGACGUUGCUGCGCCGUUCCGAUCUGGUGGUGCAGAGCGAGAUGGAGCUCUUCGCCGGACUGGAAGAGUGGAUCUCGCACAACAGCCCUGACGGGCUGACGGCGGAGAACGCGUUGAGGGCGGUGCGCUACGCAAUGAUGCCGCCCCGAGAGCUUUUCCGCCUCCAGAGCCGGUCGGCCGUUCUGGCCCGCUACCGGGAGUCGGUCCGCGAUCUUCUCUACAUGUCGUACCAAUUCCACGCCGCCUCCCCGGUGCACAUGGCCAAGUACUUUGACGUCAAUUGCAGCCUCUUCGUGCCCAGGAACUACCUGGCCCCGCUGUGGGGGUCCUCCUGGGUAGUUGGCAAUCCCACCCGGGACGACCGCAGCACCAGCUUCCAGACGCAGCUCGGGCCCAGCGCGCAUGAUGCCAGCAAACGGGUGACCUGGAACGUCCUGUUUUCGCCCCGCUGGCUGCCACUCAGCAUGAGGCCCAUGUUCACGGACACGGGCGCCAUGCAGCCCACGCGGAUCGAGGGCGGGCGCCCCCGCAUCAUCGUCACGCCGGCCACUUCCAGCGCCGACUUUGCCGGCGUCAGCUUCCAGAAAACGGUCCUGGUUCUGGCUCAGCGGCGUGGCCGACUGCUGGUCAAGCACGUCUACGACUUCCACCAGAGCACCGAAGAGAACGGCGACUUCCUGGCCGAUGCCGACCUGCACCGACGGACCUCCGAGUACCUGGUGGACGGGUCCCUGGUACUCCACGUGGUGGUCAAGCCCAUGUACCAGAGCCUCGUCACUGGCAAGAACUGA